UCUCUUCGCCGCCCCACUCGGCCGGCAGGCGCCGUUAUAAUAUCCCCAGACACCUCCAAAUUCCAACCAAAUCUUCUUCCGAAUAUCCUCGAAGGAUAUCCUUCGAAUAUUUGUUGAUGCUCCGAUCCCGAGUGCCAAGUCAUAAGGCGGAUCGAUUCCUAAUGUGGAGGAGGAGGAGGGAUCGAUCGGCUCGAUGUGGAAGAUGGAGGAGCGGAGUGGGGGAUCGAACCCUAGUAGCCGGGGCGGGAAGGAGGAGGAGAGGGAGACGAGGAAGGAGAAGGGACCGGCUGACUCGUUGUGGCGGCAGAUGGAGGAGGAGGAGGAGGAGCGCCGAUCCUCGCUGCCGCCGCACAACGUGGUGAUCCUGGCCUGCGACGCCACAAGGGACCACAACGAGGUUGAGCUAAGACUCAUCGUGAGUGCCAUCCGCACGAGGGGCGGCAUCCUCUGCGGCGGCGACACCCUCCUCGUCCUCGGCGUCCUCCACACCGUCACCAACCCCAUGGGAUAUCAGACAAAAGCAUGCGCUGACUCCUUUGGUGGGACGAAUUUUUGGGCACUUGAAGAGGAGGUCUCAAAGAAGGUUGAUAAAUAUGAGAGCAUGCUUCAACAGAGUGCUGAAAUGUGUAACAAUGAAGCGGUAAUAGCAACAAAUUUGGAACAAACACCUUUACUUAUUUGUUGUAAGGUCAGCAUUAAUGUCAAAAUUACUGCCGGAACUCCAGCAAAGGUUGUUAUUCUGCAAGCGGUUGUUUCUAAUAAAGCCUCCUGGGUGAUACUUGAUAGACACCUGCGAAGGGAUUUGAAAUUCUAUAUGAAACACAUAUCUUGCAAAGUUGCAUUGAUCAGUGAUAAUCUAUCAAUUGAAGUGCCAAAGCCAUUCGUAACAAAUUCUUCAAGUAAAGGAAUAUUAGAGCAGAAGUUUUAUUCUGUCUGGAAAACCAUUCAACCCAGUUCAAACAUACAGGAGGAUAACCAGCAGGAGAAUCAAACCAAUUUGUCUUCUUUGAUGUAUUCUGCAGACUAUUAUGCACCUGUAACUGCCCAAGAUUGCUCCAAUGCCUUGAAGCCAAAGUCAAGCAUGAUAUCUUCAUCCCCUGGAAGGUCCUGGGAUUAUAGUAUAUUGGCAUCUGAUACGACUGUGUCUUCAUCUAAGCAAUCUGGGACGAGUUCCAAAGAACAUAGAAGUCUCUUUUCUGCAAAGGUCCUGGCGGGCAACAAUGAAAAUGUUUUUCAGCAUGAUUUCUUAGAAAAGCCAAUUCUUUGUGCUACUUGUGGACUACGGUCAAUGUUUUAUAUCAAAGAGUCUAUGAAGUUCCGCUUUUCAGAGAUUCAAGAUGCAACUUCUGAUUUUUCAAAAGAGAAUCUAUUGGGAGAAGGUGGAUUUGGUCUUGUAUACAAAGGCCAACUCAAAGAUGGCCAGAUUAUUGCAGCAAAAAUGCGAAAAGAAGAAAGCACCCAAGGAUAUACUGAAUUCUUUUCUGAAGUACAUGUUCUAAGUUUUGCAAGACAUAGAAAUAUUGUGAUGCUUUUGGGUUAUUGUUGCAAGGAGAAAUAUAACAUUUUGGUUUAUGAAUAUAUCUGCAACAAAUCUCUUCACUGGCAUCUGUUUAGUCAACCUGCAGAGUUACUAGAAUGGCACCAAAGAUAUGCUAUCGCUAUGGGAAUAGCCAAAGGUCUCCGUUUUCUACAUGAAGAGUGCCGUGGAGGUCCCAUUAUUCAUCGAGAUUUGCGUCCAAGAAAUAUUCUUCUUACACAUGACUUUGUUCCCAUGUGCCUAGAGCAUUGUAUGAUGAAGUCUGCUUUUAAACAGCUCGGGGACUUUGGUCUUGCUAAAUGGAAGUCCAAUAGUGAUUCAUUCCAAACGAGAGUGCUAGGCACAUCUGGGUAUAUUGCACCUGAGUAUGCUGAAUUUGGUAUUGUCUCAGUAAGGACUGAUGUUUAUGCAUUUGGAAUAAUACUGUUUCAACUGAUAUCAGGACGUGGGGUACUUGAUGAAGCGAAUGGGCAUCACCAACAUCUAUUGCAAUGGGUGGAGCCACUAGUUGAAAAUCUGGCUUUACAUGAGCUUAUCGAUCCCCGCCUUGGAGAAUCUUAUGACAUUUAUGAGCUUUACCAUUUGGCUAGAGCAGCAUUCCUUUGUGUCAGGAGAAACCCUGAGAUGCGUCCAUCCAUUGGAGAGGUUGUGCACCUUCUUGAAGCAGGCCAUGUACGAGACUUGGCACAGCAGUUUGUUCCACACUACAUCAAAUGAAUGUAUGCCUCUUCUUUGGUUUCUCAUAUGCACUGUGUAUCCUUUGGAUCAUAUACAUCACCGAGAUGCUCCUUCAAUACUUUUGUUGAACCACACGCUAUAUACAUCGAUUACAGUAAAAGAUUCAUGUACCUCCGACCUUAUUAGCCUAGCAGAAUCAUGCAUAUGUUUUGAGUUAGGUUUUAUGUGUAUCAAGUGACAUGGCAUCAUAAAGCUUUGUGUCACUUAUUAUUUUGGCACUCAUCAACUCUUACUGCUAAUCUUGUU